AUGAAGAAAAAGAAAGUUAUCAAAUUAAAAGAGAGCUAUGCUCCUAAAAGCAGUUACUUUACGAAAGACGCCUUACUUACCAACAUUUUUCAACAAAGCAGUGAGAAUUUCGUUUUAGAUGUCGAAUGUAAAAAUUCUCAGCUCAUAGUAAAUUGUAUUAACAAAUUACAUAAGAAAAAUCUUCAAACAAAACUAAAAGCAAUAAAUGAAUUAAUGUCAUAUUUAAGUAAAUAUGACGAAGCAACAGUAGGCCAUUUUUUUCCAUCCUUUUUAAGUGUUUACAAAAAAUUAAUAUAUCAUCCAAAUUAUAAUUUGAGAGAAAGUUUGAAUAUGAGCUUGAAAAUUUUCAUAGAGAAAAUAAAGACCAAGAUAAAAAAACACAUAAAUGUAUUUUUACCUCCUUUGUUUUUAUCUUUUUUCGAUUAUAGUAAAAAUGUUAAGCAAGUUUCGAACGAUAUCCUUUCGCUACUGUUUCCUUUGAAAGAAGACUUAGACAGAGGAGAAGAAAAAUCAAGCGAAGAGGAAAAAAAAGAAAAAGGAAAUGCUGGCAAGAUAAAACUAUACAAUGAUAAUAAAUUAUAUUUGAAUGUAAAAAAAUUGAAUAUAAACAUAACAAAUUUUUAUAAUUGUUUAAUAUAUAUAAAAAAUGAUUUAGAUGAAGAAGCUUUGGGUUAUAUAAAAAACCGAGAAAAUUCUGAUGAUUAUCAUAAAAGUGUAUAUUUAUUUAAUGUAUUAUGUUUUUAUCCUUCUUUAUUAUAUAUGAUAAUAAAGUUUUGUAAGAUGAAUAUAUUAGAAGAAUGUAAAAAUGAUUUGAAUAAUAUGGAAGAUAAGCUUAUUAAUAAUAAUAUGAAUGGUUCUAUAGAAUAUAAUCAUUAUUAUAAUAAUAAUGAUAAAUGGAAUUUGAAGAAUGAUAUAUAUCUCUCCAAAGUAAGAGAUAUUUUUAAAAUACAAUAUAAUAAUUUUUCAAACACCUAUAAUUCUUUUUUCCUAAAUAUAAAUAUUAUUUAUAAAGAAAAUAAAGAUGAUGUAAGGUUACAAAAAAUGUUAUAUUUAUGUGUUUAUAAUAUUAUAUAUUUAUUAAAAAAAAUAAAAAUAAAUUUUAUGACUUUAAAUAAUGAGAAUGUUAACGAAUCCUUAUGUAAUUAUAUUUGUUCAAUUAUAAAUAAUAAAGAAGAAUAUAUAUAUAAGACUAUUAAUCAUUUAUUAUUACUUUUAUUUUUUAUGGAUAAUAGGAAAAUAAUAAAAGAAAAUUUUUUAAAGAGUUAUUUGUCUUUAGUAAAACAAAACAAAAUAUAUUCAAAUGAUGUUUUUAAUUAUAAUAUAUGUUUGUUCCUAUUUUUAUUCAAAAAAGAGGAUAUAGAAGAAUAUUUUUUUUUCUUUUUUUUCCUUUUUUAUUUUUUAUUAUUAAAUAAUAAUAAAUCAUGUAUUGUUAUUUAUUAUGAUAUUUUAUUACAUUUAUAUGAUUAUUUUUCAUUUAUAAGUAUACAGCAAAUACAAAAAAAUGAGAAGGAAGGAACUAACACGAUAAUUAGUAAUAAUGAUGGAAAUCAAGAAUCAAUAAUGGUACAUGAUAUAAAAGAGACACAAACCAAUGUCGACGAUAUAAAUAUUAAAAACAUGGAGGGAACAAAUAUAAAUCUGUUGGAUAGUAUAAAAGAAAAGGAUAACAUAAAUAAUAAAUUGUAUGUGGAUGAAAAAUAUUGUUCCUACGUUUUAUGUCUACAUAUAUUAUUAUUACCCUUAGAAAUGAUAUUAAUACAAAAGAAGUUAUUAGAUUGUAAUUAUUCUUAUAAAAAUAAAGAUCUUUAUGAAAAUUUGAUAAAUAGAUAUUAUUGUAAUAAGAAAAAAAUAAAUCCUAAAAAGGAUGUAAAGGAAAAAGACAAAUUUGAUGAUUUAAGAAAAAAAAUAAAGGAUACAAACAUCGAUGAAAAACAUUUCUUGUUAACAUUUAUAAAUUUUAUAAAUUCAUCAAAAAAUAAAAAUGAUAUAAUAUUUAGUUCUCUUGAUUUAAUAAGUGUAUAUGUAAAUAAUAUGUAUGAUGAAUUAAAUAAAAGAAAUCAAAAUGACAUUCUAAAAAAUCAUAUAUGUAAUGAUGAUAAGAAUGAUAAAAUAUUAAAAGAUGAAAAUAAUAAAAAUAAUUAUAAUGAGUCAUAUAACAUUACUAAUAAGAAGAAUAGGAGUCAAUCUGAAUAUGUAGAAUAUUAUGAAGUAUUACAUUUUUUAUUUCAAUUAUUUUCAGAAAUUAAAAAUGUUCUCUUUAGUACAGAUUUAUCUUGUCAUGAAAACGUUAUAAUAAUAACAAGAAAUAAAUAUAUAUCCACAUUAAAAAUUAUUUUUAUAAAUACAUUUAUGUUAAUAAAAAAUAAUCACUAUAAAUUAAUAAACAUAGUUAAAAAUAAUAUGUUAUUAUUCAAAUUUUUUUUUUCCCACACGAAAGAGGAACCACCAUCACCAUCAUCAUUAAUAUUAUCACCGUUAUCAUCGUCCUUUUCUUUGAUUAUAAUAUUUGAUAUUAUUAACAAAAUAUUGAGUGAUAAUAAUAUAAAUAAAGAUAUAUAUUUUGAUUCUCUGAAUGUUGGAUUAAAUGUACUUUAUAUGUUUUUUGUUAUGUAUAAUCAGUCAACAUAUUAUGUUGAGCUAGCCAAAAUGUUUUUUUCGAUUGUCCUUUGUGAACCCGUAGACGAAGACAAAGCUGAAGAGAAAUUCAAAGUCUGCAUAGAUGUACUUCAAUUUAUGAGGAGAGAAAAUAUAAAGUUCCUAGAUCUGUCAUAUGAGAUUUUAAGAAUUUAUUAUCAUUAUAUAAUGAAUAAAUGUAAGGAUGAAGAUUUAUUAAAAACGUUUUACGAAUUAAUAUAUGAAGAUGAGAAAACAAAUAGAAAUAAAUUUUUAUUUGACAGACAAUUUUAUAUUGAUUUAUUUUAUGUUCAUAAAGAAAAAAUGUAUUUAACUCAAUCGUUGCCUGACAUAACAUUUUGUAGUUUCUUUUGUAAAUUAGUUUUAGAAAAUUUGAUAACAUAUGAUUGUAGGGAUGAUACUACAAAUAAGAACAACUUGUAUGUAUACUUUUUACUUUUAACAUUGUUAAGAGUAGAUUUUAAUUAUGACGAAAAGUUGGUUCAAUUAUUUAUGACGCUGGACAAAAAAAUAUUAUUAAGAUAUAUGGAGGUGUUACGUUCAAUAUAUAAAAAUUGUAGGGAUGAUGAGAGUGCAACGUAUGGUAAUGGAAGAAUAGAAAAAAAUAUAUUACAUAGUAUUAUGGACGAUCCUUAUGAUGAUAAUACUUAUGAUGAUAAUACUUGUGAUGAUAAUACUUAUGAUGAUAAUACAUAUGAUGAUAAUACAUAUGAUGAUAAUACAUAUGAUGAUAAUACAUAUGAUGAUAAUACAUAUGAUGAUAAUACAUAUGAUAAUAAUACAUAUGAUAAUAAUUAUUGUGAUGAUAAUGGACGACGAACUAAAGAAGAAGGAGGUUAUUUAUUUUUACUUGAAAUAUAUAAAUCAUACAUUUAUUGUGGCAUAAAUUAUGAAAUGGAUAAUAUGGAAAAGAAGAAUUUAAAGAGAGAAGACAAUAUAAAUAAUAUUAAAAAUGAUUGUGAUAAUGUUGAAGAAGAGGAAAACGAUUUUUGUGUAGCAUCUAAUAAUAAGGAUGAGAACAUCAACAAUAUGAAUAAUAUAUUAAAUAAGAAAGAGGAAAAAAAAAUAGAACAAUAUGUUUUUAUAAAAAGAAAAAAUAUCUUAAGUUCAAGUUUUAUUAACAGAUUAUUAUUUUUAUAUAAAUUAUAUUAUGAUAUAUAUAAGGGACUAGAUUUUACACAUGUUAUACAUUGUACAUAUUAUUUUUGUUUAGAUGUGGUUGAACCUAAUGAUAUUAAAAUAACAGAAGAAUUAUGGUCACCUUCAGAAAAUUAUAUAAAAUUAGAAGAUUCGUUUUUUGAUUAUAUAUAUGCAAAUAUGAAAUCUAAAAAAUUAUAUAAAUUUCUUAAAAAUGUAUAUAUAAAAGAAAAAGAUAUAAACCAAAUGGAUAAUUAUAAAAAAUAUGAUAAUUUAAAUUUAUAUUUUAUUAUUUAUAAAUAUAUGAAAAAGAACAGAAUGUUAACUUGUGUACGAAAAAAACUUAUAUCCGAUAUAAUGAAGAGAACAAAUAAAAAUAAUAUUACUUUUGUUAAUAUUAUAUAUGUUAUGAAAAAUAUACAAGAUAAUAAAAUUUUUAAAAUAUGUAAGGCUCUAUUAAAAUACAUGUAUGAUAAGAAUUAUAUAUUUUUAGAUGAGAUAUUAUAUUAUUUAAAAGAUAUAAAAGUGAAAAAUAAUGUAUAUUUCAAAUUGAAGAUUUUUUUAUAUAAAGAGUUUAUAAUAAAAAAGGUACUUAUGUUAAAAAAUGUGCAGUGUGUAGAAAAAAAAAAUUUUAUGAAAAAUGAAGAUAUAGAAAUGAAUACAAAUGAAAUAUACAACAUGGACAAUGAAGAUAAUGAAGAUAAUGAAGAUAAUGAAGAUAAUGAAGAUAAUGAAGAUAAUGAAGAUAAUGAAGAUAAUGAAGAUAAUGAAGAUAAUGAAGAUAAUGAAGAUAAUGAAGAUAAUAAAGAUAAUAAAGAUAAUGAAGAUAAUGAAGAUAAUGAAGAUAAUGAAGAUAAUAAAGAUAAUGAAGAUAAUGAUGAUGAAAAGAUAAACGAAACACCCAAUUUAAUGUUAUAUAAUAAUAAUAAUUCUUGUCCUUAUAUAAAAAUAUUAGAAAUGAUUAAAAAGUACGUUCCCGAUUAUUUACAUUUUUAUAUUGAUAAUAAUUUUAAAUUAAAUGUAAAAAAUGAAAUACAAUAUUUAAAUUUAUUUCAUCAUUUAAUAUAUAUAAGUAAAUAUACAUCUUUUAAUUUAUAUAUUUAUAAAAGUGUACAAAAAGCUUUAUAUGAAUCUUUACAAAUUAUAUCUUUAUCAAAUUAUGAUAUCAUAUUUUAUUCUCUAGAAUUUGUUUUACGUAGUCCUAAUUAUUUUUCCUUUUUUAUUGAAAAUAAUAUGGUUACGGUAAAUAAAGAAAAUAUCUUUUUAAAUUAUUCUUUUUAUUUAAAGACAUAUUAUAAAAAGAUAUAUGAUAAAUAUAUUAGUGUAUAUAAAAAUAAAAGAAUCGUAUUAAAUAAUAUUCUAUCUAAUACGUAUAACGUACAAAAGAAUUGUAUCGAACAUAAUAAUAAUAAAGAGAAUAUAAUUAAAAUAUCACAGAAAAAUCAAAAAAGAAAUAAAAUAAAAAAUAAACAAUUAUAUGAAUAUAAUAAAGGAGUUCACUUCUUAAGAUUUAUGUAUGAAUUAUUAGAACAACAUAGGGAAGUCAUAUUAUUCCGUAAUCUUGUUGAAAGUAAAACGUUUAUACAGACAUUAAUAAAAAUUAUAUAUUUCAUAUUAUCUAUAUAUAGCUGUAGAAAAAAUAACAAUAUGAUAAAUGAAAGGUAUAAAGAUAUAUGUAUAAAAAUAUUAGGACAUAUGUUGAAGCAUGAGGAAAAAUAUAAAAACCAAGAUAAUAUCAACAUAAAUGGUACUAAAAAAAUAAACCGUAGUAACAAUAAUUAUAAUAAUAGUAGUAGCUGUUGUUUUCCCAUUAUUGUUGAUCAAGAUAAUAAUUCACAGACACAUUUGCAUGCCAUAUACAAAAUAUAUCUUCUAUCUUUAAAAUUUUGUGUCACAGAAUAUUUUGAAUAUUUUGAAGGUAUGAACAUUUUUUUUAACAAUGUCAAGAACAUACAUUUUGAUAGUAUAAAAAAACAUGAAGAAAAAAAAAUUCUUGAUAUAUAUAUAAAUACCUAUUAUUUAUAUAUCUUAUUUUCUAAUAUGGAAAAGUUUAAAGAAAAUAAAAUAUUUAUAGACAAAACCUUUUCGUUGCUCUUUUUAAAUUGCUUAUUUAUAAAACGGUUGCAUGAUUUAAAAAAUGAAGGUAAUCCUAUUUUUCAAGAAAUAAAUAAAUAUUUAUGUAUAAAUAAUGACACCCACAAUGAAUUCUUAUAUUUUAUUAUUGAGGAGAAUAUGAAGAGGGGUGAAAAGAAUGUGGAACAAAAAAACAACACCAUGGAUAAUAAUAAUAAUGAUGAAAAUAAUGGUCAUAGUGGUGAUGAAAAAAGUGGUCAUCAUAAUGAUGAUCAAAAGAGUGGUCAUCAUAAUGAUGAUCAAAAGAGUGUCCAUAGUGAUGAUCAAAAGAGUGUCCAUAGUGAUGAUCAAAAGAGUGUCCAUAGUGAUGAUCAAAAGAGUGUCCAUAGUGAUGAUGAAAUAAUUGGUGAUAAUAAUUUCCUUGAAGAUAACCAAUCUAAUAUAAAUGAAGAGAAUAAUAAAAUCUUCAAGAUUGAGGGCAAGGAAAAUGAUUAUACAUAUGAUAAGUUAAAUAACAUAUACGUUGAAGAGGUUGAACAUAUGAGUGAUAGUAGUUUAAAUUUAACGGAUGAUGAUAUUGUAAGUAACUUUUUAUGUUUUGAGAAAAUAAAGAAAAAAAAAAUGAAUGAUUUAAAAAAGAAAAAGAAAUCAAACGAAAAUGGAAGGUAUCAAGUUAAUAAUACAUGUUUAGAUAAGAAUAUAAAACAUGAAAAUAAUUCAAAUAAUAUAUACAAUAUUGAUAAUGAUAAUAUUAAGAACAGAUAUGACAAUAAGACAUGUACUAAUAAUAUAAAAACCAAGAAAAAUAAAUCUUUAUACUUUUUAAAAAAAAGUUUAAAAAAUCCAUUUUUAUUAAUAGAUAUAAAUAAGAACAUUUUAGAUUUAUAUACUUUUCUUUUAGAAAUGAAUUAUUUAAAAAUACUUUUAUCUAUGUUAAACAUAUGUUUAUCAUCUGAAUAUUUUAUAUAUGAUUCGGAUACAUAUCAACAAUUUUUAUUAUUUAUAGAAAGUAAUAAUUUUAAUAUAUUUCAUUUUUUUAAAGAUAUAAAAGAAAUAGAUUGUUGUUUAAUUCAAAAAAAUGAUUCUUUAAAGAAUGCGAAAAAAACAAAAGUAUAUAUAUUUUUCUUUUCCUUAUAUUUAACAUUAUUACUUAUAACAACAUAUCCAAAUGAAUCUAUAAUAAUAAUAAAUCAAAAUAAAUUAUAUAAUAUAAUUACAUUUAAUCAAAUCAUCUUUUCGAAUUUAAUAAUAAAUUAUCAACUGAAUCAACUAAAAAUUAUAUCAACUCAAUAUGUUAACACAACAUAUUCGUAUGAUCCUUUAUCCAAAAUAUUGUCUUUUAAAUAUAAAAUAAAGGAAGAUGAAAAUGAACAAUUUGAAGACAUGACGGCAAAACUAACUUUGACUUUUCUUCCGAAUUAUCCAUUUUCUCAUUUUAUUAUAAGUGAUAAGAUAGAAUCGUUAGAUAAGAAGGCGUAUAUUCACAAUUCUAUUAAAAGUAUGUACAAAUAUGCAAGAAAUGGAGAUAUAAAUGAAAUAUUUAUAAAAUUUGAUAACAUCAUGAAUAAUUAUUUUGAAAAUAAGGCACAGUGUAAUAUUUGUUUCAUGCUCUUAUAUGAUAAAAAGACAUGUGACAAAAAUUGUUUGAAAUGUAAAGCAUCUUACCACAGCCACUGCCUUCAUAAGUGGUUUUUAACGUCACAUAAUACCAAAUGUCCAUCAUGUCAAAUGCAAUUUUGUUGA